UCUGGUUAACAGUGUGAGUUGGUAAACUUUUACUCGAUUCUACUAAAAAUGAAAGUUUUAUCGCUUGUAGCAAGCAUUGCUUGUCUGGCCAGCUUGGCGCGGGCAGACACACCAGCCAACUGUACCUAUGAAGAUAUAAAAGGAACGUGGGUGUUGCAGAUUGGAACCAAAGGCCAUGACAAAACGAUCAGCUGUGAUGAACUCGGCUCUGUGGAUAGUUCUGUCAAAGUUGAGCUACUUUUCCCAGACAUAGCCCUGGAUGAAUUUGGAAAUAAAGGGUUCUGGACAAUAAUAUAUAAUCAGGGGUUUGAGGUAGUUUUGAAUGGAAGAAAGUACUUUGCUUUCUCAAAUUACACAGUAGAUGGCAAGCAAGUCACCAGUUAUUGUGACCAAACACUUACUGGCUGGUCACAUGAUAUCUAUGUUAGAGACUGGGCAUGCUACCAAGCCAGUAAAACGACAACAGUCCUGCCCAAGCACCAUCACAUUAAUGAACCAUCAUUUUUCACCCAGCGUUUGUAUGAAACCAAUCUUGAGUUCAUUAGCAAGAUAAAUCAACAUCAAAAGUCUUGGACUGCGGGCUACUACAGAGAAUAUGAGAGGAUGACUAUUGAAAACUUGCUCCAUCGUAAUGGUGGAAGGAAGUCCAAGGUUUAUAGUCGACCGAAACCUGCCCAACCCUCAGCUGAGGUUCUAUCGAUGGCUGAAAAACUUCCUGCUUCAUUUGACUGGAGAGAUGUGAAUGGCAUGAACUAUGUGUCUCCUGUUAGAAACCAAGAAAGUUGUGGAAGCUGUUUUGCAUUUGCAUCCAUGGCAAUGAAUGAAGCACGUCUGCGAAUUAUGACAAAUGAUUCUGACCAUGUCAUUCUGUCACCACAAGAUAUUGUAGAAUGCAGCAAAUACUCUCAAGGUUGUGAAGGCGGCUUCCCUUACCUUAUAUCAGGAAAGUAUGGUGAAGAUUUUGGCCUUGUGGCAGAACAGUGUAAUCCAUACACAGGAAAGGAUGGAAAGUGUAGAACAGACCCUAGCUGCUCCAGACAGUACACCACUCGCUACCGAUAUGUGGGUGGAUUCUUUGGAGCAUGCAAUGAACCACAAAUGAGGAUAAACUUGAUCAGAAAUGGACCAAUGGCCAUUGCGUUCGAAGUUUACUCUGAUUUUAUGCAUUACAAAGGAGGAAUAUACCAUCACACAUUCCUGGAAGACAAAUUUAACCCAUUUGAGCUAACAAAUCAUGCAGUGUUGCUAGUGGGCUACGGAGCGGAUGAGACCACAGGUGAAAAAUACUGGAUUGUGAAGAAUAGCUGGGGAGAAAGUUGGGGAGAAAAGGGCUUUUUCAGGAUACGACGUGGAACGGAUGAGUGCGCCAUAGAGAGCAUGGCAGUUGAGGCAUUCCCUAUUUUUUAAAACCAUAUGUUCAGUUAUAGAAAACGCUGAUAUCUGUACGAUUAAGUGGGUGCUGAAAACACAAGCCCUUUUUACAGCUUAGUUAUUUACAUGUAUAUUUAGUGUGCAGCUGUAAACAGUAAUUUUGAGACCCAAACAUGACAUCAGUAUUUCAAUGGCUGUCAAGGUUGUUUUAAUUGGCAGAUGUAAAACUAAAUUGCAGGUUAAUUUUUUGACAUUUGUUUUGUAUGAAGACAAUGACUUCAGUUGUUGUGUGCCCUGAAAAUGGAAAUACAGUGUAUUUAUGGUACAUCAUGAGCUGGUUGGAUAUACAUGUAUGGAAAAACUUACCUCAAAUCUAUGUUCCCAUUAGGUAAAUGCAAUUGGGGCACUUAUGCAGUUGGUUUAUGUACAAAUAAAACUAUGUUAAUGCUAAUUGUGAUUUUUUACAUUCCUUGUUAUGUUUAAAUGCCCAUAACUUUUGGCAGUAGUUCCCAUGCGAUAAGAUAGAAAGACAUCUAAUGUUAUGCAUAAAUAUUAAGUAUAUUAAGUAUGCAUAAAUAUUAAAAAAUUGUUACGUUUUCAACAGAUUGUUGAUUGUGCAAAUGUGCAAUGUACAAGAUUAUUUUUUUCAUCUGUCUCCAAGGCUUCUUGUUUUUUUGUUUUUUUUUUUGACAACAUUUAUGAAAGUGAACCAGAUAUUUUUAAAUUGUCUCUACUGAGAAUAUAGAGAGGGAAAAAAAAAGACUCUUAUUUCGGGAAGAAACUGAGCUUAGCCCGGGGAAAAAGCAUGACUAUUUGCAGGUUGCAUACAAGAGGAAGCCACCAACCAUAUUGGUAAGAGUUACUACAAUGCACUGGCACGCUAACCACUCAGCCACAGAGGCCCCCUACUGUCAGCUUUACAUGAAUUUGGAUUAUUGUCACUAAUGACAAAUAAAACAAAACUCAGUUCAUCUUCUUCUCAAUGGGAAUUUCCUUCAACAUGAUAGGACUAACAUGUUGAACAGGAGUUUGUCUUAUAACAUGCAAAUCAGCCACUAGAGUAUGAUUUAUCUUUACAUGAAUUUCACUCCAAUAAAAUUACGUCAAAACAG